UCCUAAUUUUUAUUAAAUUUUAAUUAAUUUUGUGCUUUUUAAAGACCUCAACCAUGCAUUUAAUGCUCGUAAAUGGCUUAAUCUAUCCCGUAUCGCAAAUUAAUGGACAACGAAUCACGGGACCUCCGGAAAAUUUGGUUUGGAAUGAGCCGGCUUAUGAAACUAACGAGGUUUUUGUCACAAAUUUGCCUCGAACUGUGUUUGAAGACACUUUGCUGCCCUUAUUUUCGCGCUGUGGCAUCGUUUACAAGAUCCGCUUGAUGAUGUGCUUCUCCGGAACUAACCGAGGAUUCGCUUAUGUGCUUUUUGCGACACAAGCAGCUGCUCAAACUGCACUUUUGUUUUUUGCUCGUUUUCCGUUGUUCGAUCGCUUCAUCUUCGCUCACAAAAGCUCCAACAAACGCAUUUUGUUGAUGGGAAACAUCAACUGUGACAAAUCCACACGCGAAAUCAUCAAUUUUUGCUUCGAGAUGACAAAAUGCGUUGAUGCCAUUCGUGUCAAUGAUGCUGCCGGGAAGCUAAAAUUCCUUUUGUUGAUCUACAAAUGUCAUUAUGAUGCAGCGAUGGCACGUCGUUUGAUGACAACUUGUCUUUUUGACUUUGGGGAACGUUGCUACGUGAAGUGGUACAACAAGCGGAAGUAAAAAAUUUGAUUUUUUGUAACUUUUUUCAUUGAUUGAUGUUUGAAGAAACCCGAAAUGGGUUCAAAUCUUGACGAUUUUUGUAGUUUUAAGUGACAAAAUGUAAUGAAAGCUGAAAAUAUUUGUACUGAUUGAUUAAUUAACGUAAAAAUUAUCAUUUGAGAUGACAAAAAAGGAGCCAUGGAGCCCAAUUAGGUUUAAGAAUUGUCAUGCGAUGCAUGUUAAAUGUAAGAAAUUGUAAGCUAAAGUGCUAAAAAUGUGAAAAUAUUGAUUUGUAAAAGGUUUUGAGAAAGAAUUUUAAGUAGAACUUAUUGAAAAAUUCAUUAAAAAUUAGAUUUUUGUAACUUUA